ACAUAUACUUAUAUGUACCUUAUACUCAAUCUUAACCUAUUAAUCUCGAAUAUAUUGCUCUCAAUAUCAAUAGUAUGUGAAUAACGGGGAUUCUUCGCAGAACUCGUCGAUUUAUAAUAUGUUUAUGUACUACCGUACAUAAAUUCUAUAAUUACCUCUAGCGAAUAUUGUUAUAGGCAACAGAAGCGAAUUAUGAAAGUUACAACAGAAAAUCCGAUUGUCUUUCUUGACGUAGCCAUAGCUGGUGAAAAAAUUGGAAGAAUCGUUAUUGAACUGUACAAAGACAAAGUGCCAAAAACAGUGGAAAAUUUUCGUGCAUUAUGUACUGGGGAGAAGGGAAUAGGUAGAAAUGGCAAGCCUUUGCACUACAAGGGAUCAUAUUUUCACAAAGUUGUACCAUUGUCAAUGAUACAAGGUGGAGAUAUUGUCAAUUUUGAUGGUUCCAGUGGGGAAAGUAUAUAUGGACCAAGGUUUGAAGAUGAAGAUUUAAAAUUACCUCAUAAUGAAGAAGGCCUUCUUAGUAUGGUAAACGAAGGGAAACCCAAUACCAACAGUUCCCAAUUUGUAAUAACUUUGGCCCCUUGUCCUCAAUUAAACAACACAAACGUUGUCUUUGGAAAAGUCAUUAAAGGCAUAGGACUUGUAAAAGAAUUUAAAGAGCUUCCUUUAGAUAAUGAUAAACCUAUAGAAAAAGUCAGCAUAUUUGAUUGCGGAGAACUAACUAAUUGUGAGGAUUGGGGAAUGGAGGAUAAUGAUGGUGAAGAUGUUUACACCCCAUACCCUGAAGAUUGGAAUUACGCUCAGCAUAUAAAAGAACUUACUUAUGAAAAAUUGAUAGAUAUUAUAAAAAAGAUUAAAAAUGUGGGCAAUGCUUGCUUUGCAAAGAAGAGAUAUUCGGCAGCCGAAAAGAAGUAUAAUAAAGCUUUGAGAUAUUACGACUGGAUGAUGAAGAUGGAUGAUAUCAUUAAAAAUGAUGAAGAUAUUGCAGAACUUAAAAAAGUCAUGCUGUUAAACUUAGCAACUACAAAACUUCAUCAAAAUAAUUACAAAAGUUGCAUAAAUUCAUGUGAUCAGGUUUUAGCAGUGGAACCAAAUAAUAGUAAAGCCCUGUUUCGAAGAGGUCAAGCUUAUAUCGGUCUGAAUGAUUACGAAUUAGCACUUACAGAUCUAAAAAGAGCUAAUGAGUGCAGUCCAAGUAAUAAAAAUAUCCUAAAAGAAAUUGAUAAAGUUAAGCAAGUCAUGAAAUCGUAUUUAGCAUUAGAAAGGGAACAAUGCAAACGAAUGUUCAAAUAAUUACAUGAAAUACAACAGUACAUAAAAUUGACAAAAAUCCAUGAUUUUUAUUCGUGGAUUAAUAAAAUCAAAUUUUUAAAUUUAUUUAUAUGAUAUAUGAAGAUGCAGACAAAUUGAAUUUAUGAUAACUUUUGUACAAAACAAAUUUUAUAUUUAAAAUAUUAAAAACAUUAUAUGAUAUAGUACGUUUUUUUUUUUUAUUAAUUAUCCUCACAUUUAAAUAAAAAGAUAUAAAUUAUUUUGACAGAUUUACUUUUUCACUUUUGUGUGAUUAUCAAUGUAUACAUUCAAUAUACGUCAUUCUUUUUUAUUCUUAGAAUACUAAAUUCUUACGAAUUUUAUUCCAUUGAGAUUACAAUAUGAAAUCAUUGAAGGUAUAUAAAUAUAUUGAGUUUUAAAAUUAAAAUAACAUUGGUAACAAUGUCGAUUCUGUUAUACUUUUAUAAAAUGUUUAAAUGUUGGAAGCCCGAUCUUGAGUCAGCUUAUUUCAGAUCGUUCACCGCAGCGCCGCCGCCGCCGCCGCAGUCUUCGGAGUUCGGCCAUUGUGAUUUCUUUCACUUUCGGAGUUCGGUGAGCCCAAAGUACACAAAAAACCGCCAAAAUGGUCGCUCAAAAGAAGCAGAAAAAGGCUAUGGAGAGUAUCAACUCCAGGCUUGCCUUGGUGAUGAAAUCAGGAAAAUUCGUUUUAGGCUACAAGCAGACGUUGAAAUCCCUCCGACAAGGAAAGGCCAAGCUUGUCAUCAUUGCCAACAACACUCCGCCCCUUAGGAAAUCUGAGAUUGAAUACUAUGCUAUGUUGGCCAAGACUGGUGUCCACCACUACACUGGUAACAACAUCGAGCUGGGAACUGCAUGCGGUAAAUACUUCAGAGUGUGCACCUUGUCUAUCACAGACCCGGGCAACUCCGAUAUCAUCAAGUCUAUGCCUACUGGUGAUCAGGCAUAAAUUAAGUUAUAAAUUAUUUUUUAUAAUUAAAGUAUAAAUAAACAAAACUGAAACUAUGACUUGUUAAA